AUGAAAGAACACUGGGAGACAAUGCAAAGUUUGGACGGCCGCGAGAAAGUGAGCUUUUCAUGUUUCUGGAGAACAUGGCACGUGGAGUUUCCACACUUGAAGAUCCGCGCAGCGAGCAGCCACUCCCAAUGCUCCACGUGCUUGAAGCACAAAGUCCUUGUGAGAGACCUCUCCAACCAUUUGGCGGCACGCCAGGCACAACAACAGCUGCUGCAACACCAUUUGAUGGCACAAUAUCGCGACCGCCAGGUCUACUGGUCCCUUCGGGGGGCUUCGAGGCUACGCAGCGCACAGCAGAUAACCGUCAUAAUGGACGGAAUGGAUCAGUGCAAAUUCUCCUUUCCAAGAUCCGGGGCCAUGGCCUCCAAGGAACUGUGCAACCUGAAUCGCCCCCGCCUCCAAGUGACCGGAGCAAUCGUACAUGGCUAUGGAUUGUACUUCUUCGUAUCAAGCUUUGACCAUUGCAAGGAUUCAAGCGCUUCCUGCGAAAUUUUCGCCCACCUGCUCACACGUCUCAAACAAAGAGGACUCGACCUAUCCACUUGCCACAUCAACCUGCAAUCGGACAACACCAGCAGGGAGGUUAAAAACAACACGCUGCUCCGCUUUGUCAGCGCAUGCGUUUCCCACCGCUUGAUUGCCAGUGGAUGCCUCCUCCAGCUCCGAACGGGGCACUCCCACGAAGACGUGGAUCAGAUUUUCGGAAGCUUGGCGCUGUGGAUCGUUCGCCAUGCACGCCACAUUGAGAACCCGGCACAAUUUACGGACGCCAUCUACAACUUUUGCAAAGGAGCUCACAGGAAAGGCUUCCUAUCGGAGUCUGCGCCGGUGAUGCUGACCGGUGUUGGUGGGCCCGGCGCGCCCCAUCAUUAUGAGUUCCAAAGACGGGAGUCUUUAGGAAUUGCUGAACAGCGGCAAGUUGACGCAAAGUACCGAGAGCACCUUGUCAAGUACAUCCCAUGUUUGAGGUCGUACAAUUUGGGGGUGGCAGCGGACUACUUUCAGCAGUGGGCAGAUGGCUCGCUUGACUUGGCCCCGCUCCUUGAUGUCUCGGGGAGCCUGGGCUGCAGCAAAGUUCCAUGUUACGGGAGUAAGAAUCUCUUGCGACAAGGGGAAAGUGUCAAUUGA